AAACACACAUACACGAAUUUGCGACGCAUAUUUAACACGAACGAACUUGAAAAUUAUCGUUAAAACGUCAUUACAUUCAAACAGUAGAUGUGAAAGUGACGCGACUGACAUUUUCAAAUCAAAAGAAAGGAAAACAGUUGUACAACUGCAGCUACACUGCGUUCAUCGCUUUGUUAUUUAUUGUUUUUUCCAUUAGUUUAUAAUGUCUGCAAUUGUUGCGACAGUAAUUUUGCAUUUAAAUAAUUGCUCGAGCUAAAUCAAAAUUUAUUCACGCGGAAACAUAAAGAACAUUUAAAGUUUGACUUUGCCAAAAUAUACUUAGAAUGUGAACCAAAUUUCUAAAAAGAAAACAUCCGAAAAGAACAAAUAUAUCGUAAAGGGAGAGAGAGAGAGAGUGAGAGUCGUAGGCAAUAACCGAAAACAUAACCUCAAAUCAUGAUAAUACUUAUGAUUAGAUAGAAUUAAACAAACAAGUUUUAAAAAACGUUUCUGUAAAUAUUUUUUUAUCAAAUACACACAAAUCCACACACACACACACACACAAACAACGUCGAACGAUAGAAGGAUGUCAACGAAAAAUUUACUGCCGCUACCUGAGCUAGAGUACGGGGAUCAAAGAGCAUUUAAGCAGAGAACACAAAAUGACGGAUUGCGAUCACGGAAACGACCACCAAAACUCAACCAAAAGCAAAAUGACUCAAUUUACAAUCGCAGUUUAAAUCAUUCCGCACCACAUGCAAUUUCAUUCCGACAAAAUAACACCGCCAACAAUUCGCUAUCUAGUGAUUCGUUGUCGUUGACAAGUUCCGUGUAUCGAUCAAAUUUACGGGAGUCAUAUUUUGAGCAAUGUUUUGAGGUGAUCGAUCGUCUUGGUGUCGGUUCGUUUGGUGAAGUGUUCAAAGUGCGUAGCAAAGAAGAUGGCCAAUUGUAUGCGGUAAAAAAGUCACUUCAAUUGUUUCGCGGUGAAACUUCGCGACAAGAACGCAUCGAAGAGGUUCGGCGAUACGAACAAUUCAGUGAGCACGAUAACUGUAUCACACUGCACAAAGCCUGGGAACAAAACGAUCUAUUGUAUAUGCAGCUGGAACUGUGUAAAUGCAAUUUGGAAACGUACGUUAUGCAAACAAAUGGUUUGCUCAGCGAAAAAGAAGUGUGGAACAUUCUGGUGGAUUUGUUGUUGGCCUUGAAGGCUCUGCACGAUCAAAAUCUCAUUCAUUUGGAUAUCAAACUGGAAAAUAUUAUGAUUAGCGAAGAUAAUGUAUGCAAACUUGGUGACUUUGGCUUAGUUGCUGACCUACGUGGGCCAAAUUUGGGAAAUUCAUCGGAAGGUGAUUGCAGAUACAUUGCACCCGAAACACUUCAACAUAGUUUUACAAAAGCAGCGGAUAUCUUUAGUCUCGGCAUUACAAUCCUUGAGCUCGCCUCCAAAUUAGAACUGCCGAAAAAUGGUUACUUAUGGCACACAUUGCGAAGCGGAAUUUUGCCUGACCAUUUUCUACCACAUUUAUCUCCUGAUCUACAAAAUGUCAUCAAAUCUAUGAUGCACCCGAGACCAGAACAAAGACCAAACGUUGACGCAUUGUUGGCGGUACCGCAAAUUAAGAAAAUUCUGCAUCGUCGUCGCUGGAUGAAACCCUUUGUCAGAGUCAAAAAAAUUUCACGGAAUUUAAUGGGCCGAUUGCAUGCACUGAAGAUGUACAUAGUGAAUUUCUUUGUGUCGCUGUUCUCCUUUUUCAAACUGAAGCAUCUCAAAAGACCGAACCAGCCGCAUAACAUUGCGCUGACAUCAACACCAACCGCACCAACAAUUGCCAUUCAACCCACGUCCGACGACUCUUUCUUACGAUUAGACGAUUCGGAGAUUGAUUUCGAAGAAUCUCCAAGUAAUCGAAGCAUCAACAGAUCACAUGGAAAGCCGCCCGAAUCACUUAUUGUUAAUUCAACACCAUUAAAUCAUUACAAUUCCCAGGGCAGUUUUCGACGAAGCCGCAUCAUCGGAGAAAUCUCUCGAACUAGUUUGGUGUUCGACGAUAGUGACAGUCAUCACGGUAGUUCAAUUGUAAACGGAGUGUCACCACUCAAACGAAAGAAAUUGUUCGAAUGCUCGGACGAUUCAGACUGAUACGCAAAACAAACAAAUAAAACUGAAAAUUUAAAAAGAAAAAAAACCCAUUGAAUCAGGAAACUUCAGAAGAAUUAAUUCUAGAGAGUAAUGAACCUAGGCGAUCGAAAUGUAUCGUUUCUAAUUUCAUAACCCACCAAAACACGCACAAAUCUAAUCUCGUCGAUGGACUAACCAGUACCUUAUCCCAAAUCAAGAAAACAAAAUCAAAUCAAACACAACUCAUUCGAUCUCUCACUCGCAAUGGUGGAAUGGAUUGAGUUAGACUUAGUUUAUAUAUAUGUUAUCGACACGCAUUGUAUUUAAUACGACAGAAUGUGUUGUCCAAUUCUAAUCUAUUGAAAUUCAUUGUAAGCGUACGGUAGAAAGAGGAGUAAAAACAGAGGACGUUUUAAAUGAUGGUUUCAUGUACAGAAAGAAAAAACUGGAUUUAAAUCCCUUUAUACUUUUUUUUUGAUAUUUUUUAUACAAUUUUGUUCAAUUCAUUUUGUGAUAACAUUCGGAAGAAAAUUUACCAUUUAUAUAAAGAAACAUAAAAUAAAAAAAAAAAACAAAUUGAUCUGAAACUAAACAAAA